AUGCCGAACUUAUUGUAUAUCCGCCCCUGCGACACCGAAGAAGUAGCCGGCGCAUUCAUCACCGCUCUCAAUGCUACCUCCACUCCUACCUUGCUCUCCUUGUCGCGCCAGAACCUCACUCAGUUCCCACAGUACUCCUCUCGGGAAGGUGUCCAGAAGGGCGCACACGUCUUCAUCGAACGAGACGACGCCGACGUGACUAUCAUCGGUGUCGGCUCCGAGAUGGGCUUCGCAAUGCAAACCACGGAGGCUCUUGAACGGGACUACAACAUUAAAGCCAGAAUCGUCAGUUUUCCUUGCCAGAGACUGUUCGACCAACAAAGCAAACAGUACAAAGAGAGUGUGCUCCGCCAUAAGAGCAAAACACCGAUUGUGGUUAUCGAGGCAUACGUGGCUUACGGGUGGGAACGCUAUGCCGAUGCGAGCAUUAGUAUGAGCAGUUUUGGCAAGAGUUUACCAGGUGCUGAUGCGUAUAAGCAUUUUGGAUUUGAGCCUCCGGUCAUGGCUGAGAAGAUUAGAGGUCUUGUGGAGGAGGUUCGGCAAGAAGGGAUUGAGUCGUUGAAGGGUGAUUUCAGGGAUUUAAAUGGAACUUUGGGCUAUGGCUUUGAACACUGA